CCGAGCAAUGAAAUGAUGUGGAAACCGAGUAGGAAGGUGAGUCUCCCAAAUCUCCUUUUAUACCCCUCCCCAACCGCACGAUCCCACGCGCAACUUCGCCGGACGGCCGUCUCAAAAUCCUCCCCCCCUUUUCCUCCUCCAUAAAUCCCCUCAAUCCUCCCCGCAGAAAGAGAGAGAGAGAGAGAGAGAGAGAUUCCAUUCCAUUCCACGAAACCUCCCGAAUGUUGAAGAAGACGGGGCACUGGUUCACCUUCAAGCGGCUGACCGCGAGGCGCUCCACCGGCGGAGAUGGCCGCAGCGCGGGGCUGCGGUGGCGGCUGAAGACCGCGAGGCGGCCGUCGAGGUUUCUGAACUGGUUCCUGGACGGCGUUCUGUUCAGGUUCGUUUCCUUCGUAGAGGCCGUCGUUCUGGUGUCCAGGCUCGCCUUCUUCUUCCUCUGCUGCGGAUGCCGUUUCUGAUCGAUUUCACUACUGACGAUUCCUUAGUUUUCAUUCCUCUCUGAAUUUCACUGUAUUCCUUUGAUUUUCCCACUUUAUUUAUUUAUUUAUUUUUUUGUUUGGUAAUUAGUGUGAAUUUGCUGGCAAUUUCUGUCGAUUGUGAUCUCUCUCUCUUUUUUGUUGUGUAAAUACAUAAUUAAGCUAAUUUUGAUAU